AUGUUUCGUCUCAAUGCUAAAUCAGGUGCGACAUAUGUGCACCCGGAAACUGAUAAUAAUGAUAAACAAUUACAAGAAUCGAAACAUUCUGCAAAAACAUUACAACAAGCUCGUAUUAUAUUUUUUUUUCCUUCUUUAAAAGAAUUUGAACGAGAAUAUCGAGCAUUAGUGAAAGAUGUAGCUAUAAAUAUACAGCAUUAUGCGUUUCAACUUGGUAUUGAUGUUGAAUUUGUGGAACCAAUUACUGAUAAUUUAGAUAUUGAAACAUUUGAAGCUAUGCUUAAUGUCUUUUCCAAUUGUACAUCAUAUCUUAUGUGUUUUCUGGGUGAUCAAUAUGGGAAAUGCAUUUUACCGAAAAAAAUUCCAGUCGAAAAAUUUCAAAUAAUUCAAGCAGCAUUUUCAGAAACAAGUGAUGAAAUUGAAUUAUUUUAUCGGUAUUACAAACAAUGUGAAGAAAUGGAAUCAACAGAUUAUAAACUUCUGGAUGAGCCCAUUAAUUUAUCUGAUCGAAAUAAGCUCGCAUCUAUUUUACAACAAGCUGCUGAGAUGAUAUCACAAGAUGAUAACAAUGAGCAAGAAAAAUCGGAAGUAUCAAAAAAUCUUUUCCCAUCUGCUGCUGAACAAAUUACUCAAAUAGCAUUAAUUCAACCAAACAAAGUUUUAUUUUGUUUACGAAAUACAACAGCUGAUAUACAAUCAACGAACAGUGAUGCCACGAAACAGAAUGAUUUUGCAAAAAGACAUGAAAAGAUUGAAGCAUUGAAAAAAACAGUUUUAUUAAGUGAAGCAUCCAUAAUUUCGCUAAAUAUGGAAUCAAAUGAAAGCAAAGAAAAUAAAUCACAAAAGAAUGAUAAUUAUAUUAAAUGGUUCAUAACAGAGAUAACAAAUCAUUUGCAAAAUUUCAUUUCCUCAUUAAGUAUGCCACCAAUGCCAUCGAAUGAUGAAUAUUUUAUAGCAAAAGCUGAAAAUGAUGUACAUUUGGCAUUUGCUGAACGACAAUUACCAAAGAAAUGGAUAGCACGAGAAAAUAUUGAUAAAAUGUUUGAUAUCUUCAUCAAUAAAAGCAAAGGAUACUUUCAUAUUUUAGGAAAUCAAAUUUCUGGAAAGACAGCUCUUCUAUGCCAAUUAUAUGAAGUAUUAAUUAAAAGAAAUCGUUAUGCUAUUAUUAGGUUUAUUAAUUUAACAUCUUCAUCAGAAUAUGCUCAUGAAUUAUGGCAUAACAUAUGCAUGACAUUAUGUGCUCUAAUGGGUCAAGAUACGGAAUUAUUGAUAAGAUCAUUUCAUUUAUCAUCAACACUUGCCAUUUUCAAGUCAUUGCUGGAAAAGCUAAAUCGGCCGGUAUUUGUACUAAUCGAUGAUGUUAAUUUGAUUAAAUAUGGACGAGUGAUGAGUAAUUUAGAUCAACAAUUCCGGAAAUGUUUAUCCAAUCUUGUUUUAAUAUGUACAACAGAUCAACCUCAAACAAUACCAUUUAUGCAUCAACAACCUAUCCUGUAUGAAUUACCGGAUUUUACCACUGAUGACAUCAUGCAGUAUAUCAAAUUAAAUAUUGAUGAUAAUACAUUAAAUAAACGACAAAUGGAUGAAAUACAAAAUAUUGUAGAAGCUAAUAACAACAAUAUUAUAAUUGCUCAAUUAUUACUAAAACAAAUUACUGAUGGAAUUAAUCGUCCAUUUGUUGGUGACAUCGAUGAAUAUUUUUGUCAUACUGAAAAUUACAAUGGUGUUUUAUUUGUACGAACAUUUGCGCAACUUUUAACUGUUACACCAUACGGGCUUACUACGUUGGAAAUUUUGGAUGCAUUAACAAUGAGCGGUGAAUUGGACAGUGAAAUCACCGCAAAUUCAUCAUUAUCACUAAUUCUUCAUUCAGUUAUUGAUAAACUCGGAUGUUUUAUUGUUGAAUUUAUAUGUGGAAAUCGUCUUGUUUACAAAUGGAGUCAUUUAUUUAUUAUAAAUAUUGCUCGUCGUCGUUAUUUAACUAAUCAGAGUGAACUGAUAAAAGCUCACGGAUUAAUUGCCCAUUUAUUUGCUGAUGUUAAUAAUACUCAUUCAAUUUGUUCACUAUUACCUUCACCAAAUGAAAUUCCAACAUUUCCACGACCACUGAAACAGGAUGACGGUACGGUAAACAUACGGAAAGUACGCAACCUAUGGUAUCAUUUAUUACAUACCGGUAAUAUGGAUGAUUUGAAAAGGUUUGCACUUUGUCAUUUCGAAUAUAUUGAAGCAUGCAUUAGUGCAUGUGGAAUUUUUCUAUUGCUAAGCAUUUAUGAAGAAUGCUGCAUGCAAGUAUUGCACCAUGACAUACAGGUGCUAUUUCAACAAGUUAUAUUUCCUUCCUUAAAUACAAUUAUUCGUGAUCAUAAUCAAUUAGCUGCGGAAUUGAUCAACAGAUUACAAUAUACAAGCAAAACAAAUAGUCAAUUUUUGAAUAUAAUGGUUGAACAGGCGAUGUCAUGGGUUGAUAGGUAUCAUGAUCAACCUUUAUUGGUACCUUUAACUUGUUGGAUACCACCAAAAAAAGUAGAACGGAUUUUAUCAUUUACACUACCAGAAUGGCGUCCAUCAUAUACGAUCCUACAACCAACAUACAAUCAUCAACAUUUACUCAUUGCUGGAAAUGAAUCAUCAAUUGGUUUAGUAUAUAUGUAUCAUAUAACAUCGCAGUUAUUGAUUCGUACAUUUAAAGGUCAUGAAAGACGUGUUACGUCAAUAUCUAUUAGUCCUGAUGGAUCAUUUUUUGCAACAACAUCAACGGAUUGUACUGUUAGAAUAUGGGAUUUCUCAAAGGACAAAGCAGUACAUAUAAUGAAACCACACAGAGGUCGAGUGAUUUGCUCAUUGAUAACUUCUGAUUGCAAAUAUGUUAUCACUGGUGGUACCGAUUCAUGUGCUAAUGUAAUCUCGGUGGAAAAUUGGGAAGUUGUGCAUUCUUUCAAAGAUCAUACAGGAACUGUUGUUUCAUUAGCGCUUGCAUCAAAUGAUGAAUUCUUGGUUACCGGAUCUGGCGAAUUUGUCGUCAUAGUUUGGAAUUUAUCGACCGGUGAAUUGGCCGUUCGGUUAGCUGGGCUUAUGGCACCAGUAUCAUGCAUCACAAUGACUAGUAACGAUGCUUUUGUGGUAGUUGCAUGUGAAGAUGAAACGCUAAAGGUAUUCGGGACAGUAUCCGGUCAGGAAUUACAUGAAUUAUCCGGUCAUGAUGGAAAAGUUGUCUCAAUGGUUGCAGCAUAUGAUGAUUGUCAACUUUUUGUUGCAACAUUUGCAAAAAUUUAUGUUUUUGAUAUACAUAACGGGAAAUUGUUGGAUAUCCUGAAUUGCAUCAAUAGGCAACCGGUUACAUCGCUAAAAAUUACAAAUGAUAAUUAUUUCUUGCUAUCAGCAUGUGGUAAUCGCAUUAGUAUUUGGAACAUUCAGCAUCAACACCAUGAAAUAAAUGCCAAUCAUGAAAAAAGAAUUGUAACCGAUAUGUGUAUAUCACCAGAUGAGAAAAGUGCUGCUUGUACAACAACUGAUGGUACUGUGGCAUUGUGGGAUUUAGAAAUAUGUCAAUGCGUUUGUACAAUGAUUCAAAAGCGAUCUGUACCAGCACUUCGUGUAAAAUUUUCUAUUAAUUCCAUUUUCUUGCUAAGUGGUGAUGCUGAAGGUCAAAUUAAUAUUUGGAAUUCAAGCAAUGGAAAAUUAAGACGAAUCAUUACUCAUCAUAGCAAAGCUAUCGAAUCAAUAUUUUGUUUAUCUGAUGGAUAUCGAAUAUUAUCUGUUGAUCGGUCUAAUAUUGUACUCAUAUGGAAUUUAUUUGGCACUGAUGAAACAUUUCAAGCGGAUAGGAUUCUUGCAUUCACCGGUAUUCAAUCACCAGUUUUCCUGCUACCAAAUAGUACCUAUCUAAUCGGAUAUCUUCCAGACAGUAAAAAAGAAUUAAGAAUAUGGUCAAUUGAGGAUGAAAGCGUUGUAAUGAAAGCAGAAAUUUGUCAUAACGAAGAAAUAACAUGCUUGAAUACCUCAUCAAAAAGUACUUUGCUUGUAACCGGUUCAGCUGACUUAUCUUUGAAACUUUGGCAAAUAAACACUGGCCUUCUUAUGCAGGUACUUGUUGGACAUGAAGAGACAGUUAUGUGUUGUGUUGUCGCAGAUGAUGAAAAUAUAAUUAUUAGUGGUGCAAAAGAUUCGCAGAUAAUUAUUUGGGCAACAUCAACUGGAAAUGCUCUUAUUUCAUUGAAAACGGAAUCACCUGUAACAGCAUUAGCUAUCAAUGCUGAUGCAACUGUUAUUCUUUCAGCAAAUUCAACUGGUUGGAUAGAAGCAUAUAGUGUAAAAGAUGGAACACUACUUUCAAGCUUCAAUGCUCACAGUACUGCUAAAAAGCUUGCAUCUUCUAUGGAUUGUCAUCGUAUCCUACUGCAACUUACCAAUUGCUCUCAAUUACCAAUUCUUUGUCUUCAUAAUAUUCCAGCAAGUGAACUUAUUGGUUCGGGUAUGAAUAGAAAAUCAAACGAUUAUACUCACAGAAAAUCGAAACCAAGCAUUUCAUUUGGUAGCAAAAAUAAUGAUAAAAAUUCAUCUCGAUUAUCAACAGCAAUGGAAAGGAGAAAUCGAACAUUAUCAAAAGCAACUGAUUAUCAUAAAUCAGUAAUACAAACAGAUGGAAAGGAAUCAUCGGCACCAUUGCAUUCAAUUUUGAAAACUAGUAAAAGUUUGGUACCAAAUUCAUCAGUAGCUGUAACAUCUACAUCAAAACCAUCAUUUUCAAAAUCGGUAACCAGUAAAACCUCUAAUUCUUCAAUGCAUUGUCCAACUAAAUCAAAUUUAUGUACAGUGCAGUAG